AUGAGUUUUGAAAAUUAAUUGUCUGAAUAAGAAAAGAGAAAAUAAGUGAUUUAAUUUCUGAAGAAAGUGUCUCCCGUUGUAGACAAAUGUACAGGCACUAAUUUAUUCUCUGGUCUCUCAAAGGUCACGAUCUUUCUCACUUCUCAUUUCCAUUCCAUCUUCUACCUCGGGCAACACAACACAUUAUAUUUUAUUUAUUUAUUUAGCAACAAAAUAAAAAUGUACCAUUGUGUUUCUUUGGUAGGAUCCCAUUCUUCCACAACAGUUCAAACUUUGCUCCCUCAUUCCUCACCCGACUGCCUCUCACGUACACAAUACGCACACACUAAUUUCUACCUAAAAAGCUGCCCAACAAUACACCGUACCUAAACCACCACAACGACAACGGACACUUCACACAUCAUCGUUACAUCACCCUCUCCCCACUCCUUAAACCUCUUCAUUCUCCACACACCAACAACAUUAUUCAUUACAAACAAAAAAACAUGCUUCCCUUCCGGAGAUUCUACGGCUUCCAGAGUUGGCUAGACCACGACUCUACCCACGUCCCCAACACUUUCAUUAAACGGUCAGUGGAGUUCGACGGCGCCAGAUCAAAAGCCGACCGCAAAUCAACGGAAGCAUGCAAGAGUCACAGGGAAGCCGAGAGGAGACGCAGGCAGAGAAUCAACUCUCACCUAUCCACCUUACGAUCCCUCCUUCCUAACGCCGCCAAGUCGGAUAAAGCGUCGUUGCUGGCGGAAGUUGUUGAGCACGUGAAACGGUUAAAGAAGCAGGCCGCUGAAGUGGCGUGCGUGGACGGCGGCGAACCAGGUGCGGUUCGGUCUGAGGCGUGGCCGCUUCCCGGGGAGUGCGACGAGGCGACGGUGAGUUGGUGCGAGGGGGAGGCGAAUAGGGUAAAGGCGACGGUGUGCUGUGAGGACCGGGCCGGUCUGAACCGCGACGUGACACGGGCAAUCCGGUCGGUUCAGGCAAAGCCGGUUCGCGCGGAAAUGAUGACGGUUGGGGGAAGGAUGAAGAGUGUGGUGGUGGUGGAGUGGGGUGAAGAGGAGGUGGAGGUUGGGGCGCUGGAACGGGCUUUGAAGGCCGUAGUGGAGAAUCGGGCUUUGGUGGGCUUUGGAAUGGGCCCUAUUGUUUUGGGCCAGAAACGGGGUAGGGAUUGUUGCGGUUCGCCUACUUCUUCUUGAGAGGAAUGGGAAAAUCGGCUAGCGCGUAAUUAAUUUUGUUUUAUUUUUUUAUUUGGUAUAAGAAAUAUUUAGAUUUUAGUUAUUUUUCUGAUUGGAGAUGCCAUUUUUAUUUUAUAUAGGUAGAUGAUGCUUUUGGUCUGUAUUAGAAUCUAUAAUUUAUACUUAUAAUAAUCUAAUUUAUAAAACUAAUAGAAUAACAUGGUAGUGUAAAGAAAGUACUAUU